AUGUUCGCAGUGGACAUGAAGAAUGAUGCACAUGAUUUAAAUUUAUGUCAUUCUCAAAAGGCUCCACCUGUAUCAAAUACGACCUUAAUAAUAGACGAAAUUGGAACAAUCACAACACAACCAGCAACGCCUACUUUACCUGAUAAUAUUAAGCCACCAAGUGGUUCAACCUUCUCGUUUUUACUUUACGCAUCGGGUAAAAGAACAUACACUUGUACCUCUAAUUUAGGCCAAGGUUCUUGGACUCUUGUUGUCUAUCAUUAUUCAGAAGAUACUCCGGUUAGUGGCAAAAAUUUAACUUGGUCUGCAAUAACAAAAAGUGAUCAGUCCUAUGUUGUUGGAAAAUCGAUUGCUCAAAGUAAUGAUACAGCAGAUCCAGAUAGAAAUUUACCUUGGGAAUUGGUCCAAUCAACGUUUAAUAAAGAGGGUGGUGUACAAUAUGUUAGUGGAACGAAUACAAUUGUAGGCUAUACCGCCGAUUAUUGGUUUUACUCGGGUGGUUUGCCAAAAACUGAUGAUCCAAAAACUCCAGCAAGUACAGCUGAUCCCACGGCAACGACAACGGCAACGACAACCGAUAAACCGA